UAGACUGCCUCCUAUCUUUCCUCUCUCCCUUCAUUUCAAACGUCCGGGAGGGAAAAGAAACAGCCCUUGUCUGCUACUCUUUCUCUCGGCUCACACGCUGAUCGCAGUCCGCCGAUCGGUCCUGAAGUCCGGGGGAAAAUAUCCCGCGCAGCCCCGUCGACUACGUUUUUUAUUUUAUUGUGUGUGAUACAAGCAGGGAGCACAGGAAACUGCAGCAGAGUGCCAGCGUUGAACAAGAAGAUGUCCUGCACAGAGAGCAUGAUCUCUUUACCUACCUUCAGUGUCUUGUAAUCAAUGGCAGCCUCAGUCCAGACUCUUCCUCUGACGCGUGGCCCCAGCCAGAACUUCCGCAGCCCUUUCCCCACCUCCCCCCUCUCCUCACACUGCGGCAUGGGAAGUGUAGGGAGUCUGGUGGAGAAGUCAGAUGUGUCUCCGACUAAAGGUAACCGCGCGGUGCCCCAGGUGAGACCCAGACAGACCAAUGGCUUGCUGAAGAAAGGCCUGACCCAGAGAGAACUACUGAACUACCUCAACAUUACCAGAAAAGAGCCCAAAGCAGGUUCAAGCAGCGACAGCAAAAGGGACAUUAUCGGAGGCCGGGAAGAGGAUGAAGCUUAUGCCAAAGUCUACAGUAAAGAUGGUACUGAAAUAGACCUGACUAAAAACUCACUGCCAAGUGGGGGCAAGUAUGAAAAGGUUCGGUUCAGGUCUUCUGCAUUCAAGCCCGUCACCCCGAAAAACUUCAGCUCCAUGCAAAACCUCUAUCCCUCUUCCAAGUUGGAGGAUAUGGACCACGGCCUUUCAAAUGGAUUGCACAGAGCAUACGGCCACAUCGCUAAAACAGUCUCCACCUCUUCUUCUUCUUCCUCACCCUCCCGUCAUGGAGGAUCAACAUCAUGUGGUAACAAGGCCAUCUCCUCCGUGCCAGUGAUGAGCCACGAGGAAGACAACCUCUCAGACUCGGGUCAUAACUCAAUGAGCAGCCUGCCGCCAUACCGCCCUCCCUUCCGCCCACAUUUGUCUCACAUCAGCGCAUCCAUGGGCCACAUCAACACCAUUGGCUCCUUGGAUCGAACGUCUCAGGGCCUGAAGGCCGCAGGGUCAGGGGGCGUGGCUAUGGGGGAGGUAGCAUGUCGAAGCAUGGCCACUCUGAACCGUCUGACUCCCUACGGCAGCGAGGCUCCGCCUCCUUACGAAUGGAUGCUGUCCCUCUCGGUGGAGGACGUGGUGCGGGAUCUGGAGGAGCGCCUGGUGGAGAAAGAGCAUGAACUCAAGCAGGUGAAAAGGAACUUGGACGAGAGCGAGGGCGCCAUCGCUCAGGUUUUUGAAGGGAAGCAGCGUCUGUGGGAGAAGGAGGUGGAGGAGCUUAAGCGACUGUACGCCGCUAAGCUGCGUCAGGUCUCUCAGCACGCCCAGCGGUCCCAGCGCAGCUUGCAGUUGGAGCUGUUUAGGUCCCAGCAGGAGAAGAAUCACCUGCAGGAGGAGCUCGACAGUCUGAAAAGCCAAGAAGCCACAGCCGUGCCUAAGCCGACUAGUCCGACACUGGAGGAGACACAGUGGGAAGUUUGUCAGAAGUCAGGGGAGAUCUCGUUGCUAAAGCAGCAGCUGAGGGACUCCCAGGCAGAAGUGACCCAGAAGCUGAGCGAAAUCUUCAAGCUGAAGACACAGCUACGGGAAACACGGAUGGAGCUACGCAACAGGGAAGCCCAAAUAGAUGCUCUGAAGCUCAUCCUGCAGGGGACGCAGCGCGGCAGGUGUUCCUCAGCCGGGGAAAGUAUGAAAGAAGCUGAAGAGAGUCCAUCAGUGGGGGCAACGGGAGGCUCUGGUGGCCCCACAGAAGAGCGUCUGCGUGCAGAGCUGCUACUGGAGCGACGCCAGAGCGAGGCCCUGACCAUGGCCUUUGAGGAGGAGAGGCACACGUGGCAGACGGAGAAAGAUAAGGUCAUCCGCUACCAGAAAGAGCUGCAGGCCAGCUACUUGGAGAUGUACCACCGCAACGAAGCCCUCGAGAAGGAGCUGCAGCAGCUGAGGGCAGGCGGGACACGAGAAGGAAGGGGAACAGGAGAAGGAGGGGAGAGCAGAGAUGGGACGUUGGAUAGGGAGGCACCGGAGCUGACAGCUGAGAGAGCAGCAGGAAAUCCAGAGGAAACACCUUCCUCGAGUCUGCCUUGGAUAGAGAGGAUUGAAUCAUCUGAAAUUUGAAUGUGACACACUUGUUUGCAAUGCAAACUGUUUUCUCCUAAAGCAUGGACCUAUGAAGUCUGCCUGGAAUAAACCCCCAAAAAAUUAAACAAAAAUAGAAAUCUGGAGACUGAAAAACAAUAUUUACCAGGUCAAAAUUCUAAACAAUUUACCAAAAUUCUGUAAAGGAUAAUGCUCACCUGCAGGAUUUAUGUGUAGUGCCAUGUGAUAGAAGUGAUUUAGAUAGCACACACAAAGGAUCUAAAGAAAAGGUCAAAGAAAAAUAACAAAAGUUUGGUAAACCUUUGACCCUUAUUGGAGCCCAAAGCAAUGAAGAAUAACCAGAACAUAACAUUUUUCGUCACCGUUUUACAACAGAAGUGUUUGAAAUGUGCUUUCAAGUACAAAUUAUUUUUUGAUUUACCAAAAAAUAACUUGUACUUUGUAAAAGAAAAGUAAAGGAAAGAUGGGUUAAACUUAAAAACAAAAAAUAAUAGCUUAGUUAGAACAAAAGAACAUGCCAAUGUGAAAACCUUAACUAAAUCUUAAAAUGGUACCUAUUAUCUCAUAUUUUCUCAUGUAUUUUUAGUAUUUUCCUGGUAUAAAAAUGCUUCAUGCUGUCUGGUCCCCUUUGCUUCUGCACCUUGAUUGUAUUGUUGCCAUUUUCCUGCAAAAGACUGGACCUUUAACAUCCUUCUGGACAUGUUCACGCCAAAGCUUGUCAGCGCCACACGUAUCCUCAGCAGAAUAAUGCAAACUGUAAAAUCACAGGAAAAGCACUGCCUAAGACUUAUUUGAAUGAGCUUAAUGGUGACUGUUUUCCUUCCAAGUUGACUCGUUGGCAGAUCUUGACCAUAACCAAAGCCUUCAUUUAAUGAGGUCCCUGGAAAUGCACCAAGUAACUUGCUGUUGACCAGAAUUACCUUGACUGGCUGGUUGGACUAAAAUGUCCAAUCUGUAGUGUGGAAGUUGUUACUGAGAGAAAAAGGCUCUAACUAUUUUCAGGAUCAGAGUUGUCAGUUCACUCCUUCUCUACCUCCUACUUCUGCAGUUUUAGUUGUUUCAUACUCAACUUUUUCAUUUAGCAAAACGAGCCCGUCUGCCGUAGUCACCUUGGGGACGAUUUGUUCAACCGAUGAAGGAGCAAAUUGAUUCUAGCAAAGUUGAUCGGUUGUGUCCUUUUGAGCUUUUCAACUUCUGUAAUAGAACAUAGGACCAUGUGGUACUUGGCCUCAUUUAGAGGAACUCAAGCAAUCUUUGUCAUAAUUAUUUGCAAGCAAAAAAUAAAAGAAUGAUUUAGGCGUGAUGUAGUGCUAACUGGCACCAAAACGACAAACUCCCAGUAUAAACUGCAAUGUGUUCAAGAAAGUUUUAAUAGCAUUUAAGUCUUCAGGGGUACAAAUAAUCAAUCGUUACUGUGGCUGUCACUAGGUUUAUAUGCAUGGCAGCCAUGUUGGAUUCAAGGAACCUUUCUGUUAAAAUAUCAAAUUACAAGCUUGAAAUUUUUACCUUCUUGGCCAAAACAGAAUUGAAAUGCAUCCUUCAAGCAGUGCUAAUGCAUAAGAUUGGGUUUUAUGGAUUUGUUUUUAUAAAACAACAAAUUAAUAAUGUUAAAGUCCUGUGGCAAUAUUUUUAAAUGUCUGUCAAGAGGUUGGACUUGUAAUAGUUUGAGAACCAUUGGUUUAGUGAAUAAUACUGAGUUAAAACUAGUUAUGAUUAGAUUAGUAAAACCCUGGUUUACAGCCACUGCUCUUACACCAACAGUGGGACCUUAUCUCUGCUCUUAAUAUAAAUUAGGGCCGCUCACAGCAGGAAUAUCUCUAAUUCAGUUAUGGUUCUUAAAAUAAAUUGGAACAGUCUAAAAGUCUUUAUCAGUGGUCAAAGGUUUACAAAAACCAGACAAAUCUGUGAUUGGUCCAUCUCUACGUGUGAUUCUGAGCCUGUUACUGUGUGCAGAUGGAUCAGUGUACUUGUCUUUCAGCUGAGUUCAUGUAAAAACUCUGCGUUUCUGAGUUUGAUUUGGAGAAAAAAAUAUAUCUGGUGCACAUCUUUUGAACAUAUUUUCCUCAUUAUGUCUCCUUUCAAGUGAGAUUUACAAAUGUUGUACAUACCUGCACUUUUAAUUUGUACUCCAAAGAGACUGUUGUCUUAAAUCCUUGAAAUCUGUCGACUUCCACAUCGUCUGAUUGCAGUAAAAGCAAGUGCUAGCUGUUAGUAAUGAUUACAUUAGUCCUCCCAAAUGCAUGACUGAAGUCAAACUAUGUUCUUUUAAUUAGAAAUAUUCACAAGCCAGCUGUCUGUUGAUCUUUGAAUAUACUGUGAUGUCGAUUUACUGGAAUUAAAACUGUACCGAAUAAAUUAA